AUGGCUUCGUACCUGGGUCUGCGCGGAAUGCCCUUGGUGAUGGCCAUCACCUUGGCCUGCGCCACGGGGUUCCUUCUUUUCGGCUAUGACAAUGGCGUCUUCUCAGGCCUCACCACGGACCCAAUCUUCCUCGAGACAAUGGGCAACCCCAAUGCUAGUCUCUUAGGCUUUAUCGUAGCCGUCUACGAGCUUGGCUGUCUAGUCGGCGCUCUAGCCUCCGCCGUAUGGGGCGAGAGACUUGGUCGUCGCAUGCUGAUCGUUGUCGGCAGCGUCUGGCUGAUCAUCGGCACCGUCAUCCAGUGCACCUCCUACGGCCGGGCUCAGAUGAUCGUUGGCCGUAUCGUGACGGGCUUCGGCAUGGGUGGUAUCACCAGUGCGGUUCCUGUCUGGCAGUGCGAGUGCACGCCCGCGCCGAUCCGGGGACGCACUGUUGCUAUGGAGUUGUCGGCGCUGAUUGUUGGUAUUGUUAUUGCGUACUGGAUUGAUUAUGGGUGCAGUGGGUAUACGACUGGGUUCCAGUGGCGCUUUCCGAUUGCGUUCCAGAUUUUCUUUGCGCUGAUUUUGGUUGUUAUGUGCUUUUUACUGCCUGAAAGUCCCCGUUGGUUGGCGAGCCAGGGCAGACCCGAGGAAGCGCUGGAUAUUCUCUGUCUGCUGCGCGACGGUCAGCCUCAGGAUGAGAAUAUUCAAUUCGAGUAUACCGAGAUCAAGGAGGCUAUUGAACUCGAGGCCGAGGAGUCCGGCAGCUGGAAAGACUGUUUCACGGAUGGCGGCAUUAUGGGCUGGCAGCGUGUUGCCAUUGCGUGCAGUGCCCAAGCCUUGCAAGAAUUUACCGGAACAAACAUUAUAACGUACUAUGCACCUUAUGUCAUGGUGCACAGCGUUGGGCUGGAUUCUCGUCAAUCGCUGCUUCUGUCCGGUGGUCUCCAGCUUUUCUUCCUGGUUGCCUCCUUCAUUCCAUGGUUUAUCAUCGACAAAGUCGGCCGACGCAAACUAUUCAUGUUCGGCAGUUUCGGCAUGGGAGCCUGCCAACUAAUCGCAGGCCUCUGCAUCAUGGCCGGCGGCAAAGCGAACGGCAUCGCCGCCAUAACAAUGCUCUACCUAUUCCAGGGAUUCUUCACCUGGGGUUGGAUGUCAAACAUGUGGUCCUACCCGCCCGAAAUCCUGCCACUACGCACUCGCCAGCGCGGCGCGGCCCUCUCGGUGAUCUGGCAGUGGCUCAUCACCUUCCUGGUGGUUGAAAUCACGCCCGUGGGGAUUCAGAAUAUCGGCUGGAAGCUCUACGUUGUCUUCUGCAUUCUCAACUGGGCGACUAUUCCCAUUGUGUACUUCCUCUACCCGGAGACGGCGGGACGGACUCUUGAGAGUAUUGAUUUCUUGUUCGCCAAUCAGUCUAGCUUUAGGCAGGUGGUUAAGCUGAGCCAGCGGAAGGAUUUCGAUGAGUCCCCCGUCGCUCGCACUCGCGGGGCUCAGGUGCAAGAGAAGGCUGUGGAGGAGCAUGUUGAUGCUUAA